GCCUGGCCCGCCGCGCCCCGCCCCCCGCUGUCCCGGCCCGGCGCGUAGGCCCUUUCGAACCCCCCGCAACCCCGUCGGACCGGAGGGGAGGGUCCCGGACUUCAGUCCCAGCCCGCGGGGUCCAGAUGGCUUCCGUGCGGAUCCGAGAGGCGGAGGAGGGCGACUGUGGACAGAUCUUGGGGCUGAUUCGGGUGACGGCUGCGGGCCGGGAACCCGGGGCCCCCGAGGGGGAACUGGCCGAGUACGAGAAACUCUUGGACCAGGUGCAGAUCAGCGAAGAAGCGCUGAGAGCGGAUGGCUUCGGAGAGAACCCUCUGUACCGCUGUUUGGUGGCAGACCUUCCUCCCGCCUCCGGGGACGCGCAGGGGCCGCUCGUGGUGGGGUACGGGCUGUAUUACUUCAUCUACAGCACGUGGAAGGGGCGCACCGUUUAUCUGGAAGACAUCUACGUGACCCCGGAAUAUCGGGGUCAGGGGAUUGGCUCCAAAAUAAUCAGAAGGGUCGCGCAGGUGGCCCUGGAUCAGGGCUGUUCCCAGUUCCGCCUGGCCGUCCUGGACUGGAACCAGAAAGCCAUGGCCUUGUACAAGGCUCUGGGAGCUCAGGAUCUGACUGAAGCUGAGGGCUGGCAUGCCUUUACCUUUGACGGAGAGGCCAUGAGGAAGUUGGCGGGAAAGUGAGGCCGUUCCUUGCGGAUCUCCGUAA